AUGCAAUCAAAUGGAGAAGAGCCAGCUAGGAUCAUCACGAAAUACCGACUCUCCACGGAUCCCUUACGCAACUUUGACAGGACUGAGGAAAGGGCGAGACAGAGAUACUGGUCCUCAUCCGAGAUGGUGAAUGCCCUGGUACCACAGCAUGAAGGCAUGCUGCCUUCUGUUCUACUCGCUAUGAGCACCAUGGCCAUCAUCCACGCCAUCGUCGGAUAUCUCGGCGACCCGGUCGGCGCGUGCCGGCAGUGGAGCGGCGUAGACAGGGCGCAGAAGACACGCCUGCUGGCGCACGUGUACAGCGUCAAGAAUGUGUACACGGGUCUCAUCCGCGCCUUUGCCGCCUACCACAUCACCAACCCGGAGCUCUACAGCCUGGCGCAGGCGACUUUCGUCGGCGUGCUGUUUCUCUACGGCACCGAGCUCUUCAUCUGGAAGACGACGGGGCCCAAGGAGUGUCUAAUCCCUUUUGUACAGAGCGCCGGCGUUCUUCUGUGGAUGUACAUCCAGAGGGAUUACUAUCUUGCUGGAGUCUAA